AUCCAGUCCAAGCCCCUUCUUCUGCCAUGCAGGAACUCCCAGUCAAAGCUUUUAAAGACCUCCAAGGAGGUCUGGCUGGAGUGUGUUCCACUGUUGAACAGCGGAAGGGAAUACACUUAAAUGCGACUUUUGGUUCCAAGUUCGCACUUGAAUAAGACUAACUUGACGGCAUUGAAGAGACAGAAAGGACGUUCCAAAGCUUGGCUGCCAUCUUUGAGAAGCUCAUGUCUGCUGACUAUUAAUUAAACUGGAUGGCUUCUAAUGUGAACCUGAAUCUGGAUGAAGAAAUGUUGUUCAAGGAUGGAUUUCCCCCUGCAAAAAAACCUAGGAAACUGUUGCCAAGUCUGAAAACCAAAAAGCCUCAGGAACUGGUCUUGGUGAUCGGGACGGGCAUAAGUGCUGCAGUCGCUCCUCAAGUGCCAGCCUUGAAGUCUUGGAAAGGUCUAAUCCAGGCCCUUCUAGAUGCUGCUGUUGACUUUGACCUCCUUGAAGAUGAAGAGAGAAAGAAAUUCCAAAAAUGUCUCUGUGAUGAUAAGAACCUCAUCCACGUAGCUCAUGACCUUAUCCAGAAACUGUCACCACGCACAAGCAAUGUCCGUUCUUCCUUUUUCAAAGACUGCUUGUAUGAAGUCUUUGAUGACCUGGAGUCCAAAAUGGAAGACACAGGGAAACGGCUCCUUCAGUCGGUGCUUCACUUGAUGGAAAAGGGUGCUCUUGUACUGACCACAAACUUUGACAACCUGCUGGAAAUUUAUGCGGCAGACCAAGGGAAACAGCUUGAAUCGCUUGACUUAACAGAUGAGAAGAAGGUCUUGGAGUGGGCCCAGGAGAAGAGGAAGCUUAGCGUCUUACAUAUACAUGGUGUGUACACAAAUCCCAGUGGCAUCGUUCUCCAUCCAGCUGGCUAUCAGAAUGUGCUACGCAACACAGAGGUCAUGCGGGAGAUCCAGAAAUUAUAUGAAGCCAAAUCAUUCUUGUUUCUGGGUUGUGGUUGGACUGUGGAUGAUACAACUUUCCAAGCCCUCUUCCUUGAAGCUGUGAAGCACAAGUCCGACCUGGAGCAUUUUAUGCUGGUGCGCCGUGGUGGUGUAGACGAGUUCAAGAAGCUCCGGGAAAACAUGCUGGACAAAGGCAUUAAAGUGAUCUCCUAUGGGAAUGAAUACGCAGACUUGCCAGAAUAUUUUGAGAGACUGACGAAUGAGAUCUCCAACCGUGGUCAUGCAGGUUUACCUCGGGAGGGACAACUAAAUGGCACAGCUGAAACGCACACUGAAAUCAAAGGUUUAGUGUUUGAUUGAAGUUUACUGAUUUUAAAAGGUAAUAACUUAAUGCUCAAAAGUCCCUAUGGGCCAGCUUUGGAAAGUCUUGCUAAGAUGAUGACUACCAUGGGCAUGGAAAUUCAUGAAGACUCGAGACUUGACUUAGCAAGAUGUGUCUUGCAAAACAUGGAAGAUUCCUUAGAAACAAUAUGGUAGAUGCCUCUGGCAAAACAAGAGGCAUUAAGGUGGCUGUUGCCUAUCUGGUGUCAGCAGAGUGUGAAGAGAUAUAGUCCUGAUUCUAGCUGCCUCUUAGUUCUGGAGUGGCAAAGUCGUUUUCAUCAAGGGAAGGCACUUUGAAAGGGAAUAGCCAUGUACUGCAAUUGAACUCAGUAUGAGUAAGGACUUGGCAAAACAUGGAAGGAUGGUCUUGGGCAGCUAGUGUUGUCAGAUUAAACAGACCUGACAAGAAAACCCCUGUAUAGAGUGAUAGUUAGCAACCCAAGGUUGCAUCCAUUUGAGACAUGAGGUAUUACUCAGAGAAGUAACCCAGUUAACUGGCCAAUGUGGAGCUUGGGAACAGGAAGCACCAGUGACUUCCAUGCCUCCUGCCCUCUGAUGGCUACACCAUGGAAGGGCCCUGAAGGCUUAUUCGCAUUAGAGGGUAGAGCUUUCACCUGGGAUAGAGCAACUCAAUGGCAAACAAAUGGCAUGUCCCUUUGUGGUGCUUCCCGUCCAUCAUACCCUUGCAUGGCAAAAUAUGCCAAGGCUUUCUUAAAAUACUGCCCCACAGAUCUGGUAUUAAAUAAAGAGCCUUUCCCCCCCUCAAAAGGUGGUAUAGAAAUAUUUUGAAUAAGCAGUUAACAAGUGGGAAUUCAAAGAGUGAGCUUACGUGCCUUUUCAAGCAAAUCUUUCCUAAGAGCUGUUUUUCCGCCAACCCUGUCUCUUUUUAAUCAGAUGCUUUGAUAACAACCUUUCCCAAUUCCAGAGAUUUUAUGAAAGCAUGUCCUCUUGCCUUUAGUUUUAAGGCUGGUGUCCAAAGCAUAUCUGCCCAGAUAACCUCUGAGGAGGCUAACUCUGCACAAGAUGCAGCAGGCAAGAGCACCAAGCACUCCAUCCACAUCCCACUUUUGUGCAAGUUGUACAGGUUCAUCCCUCUGCUUGAGAUGUAAAGCAAGGUGUUGGCAGCUUCAACAGAGCCAUGAUCCUCAUGGUCAUAUGAAAGAAAUGAAGAAGCAUAUACUAUCUUCGCAGCUGGUUCUUGUGAAUGCCUAUCUUGUUUUGCUCUGAUAUAUUAAACUAAGUAUUUGAAAGACUUGAUGCAGCACUUCUUGGACCCUUCUUAUGUUGGACAUGAAGAUCCAUCUUAUCACUGUCAUUUUUAUUUAAGGCUGUAUCUGCAGGGAGAUCCAUCCUCUCCCUCCGGGUAAGAGUUUGCUACUAGUGCUUUUUAUAUUGGGUAAGACUGAAAUAUGAGCAUUUUUUAAAGAAAAAUUACUUGAAGCUCUAAUUUCCUAAGUCUUUCUUUCUUUAUCCAGUGUUUUGUAUGCCAGAAGCUGUAAUAAAGGUCAUUAACUCA